GAAAAAGUUUUUUACUUAGAGAUCUCAAUUCUCACCUCCUUGUAUUAUGGAACCCCCAUCACUGGAAUCGCGCCAACAUAUCCCUCAGGAACUCGUUGACUAUAUCUUUGGAUAUCUACAUGAAGAUAUCUCAACAUUACGGACAUGUUCAAUCGUGUCGCAUUCAUUCCUGUUUUCUGCUCUGCCGCACAUCUAUCACCAAAUAAUACUUGUUCAUUCUCUCGAAGUGAACCGGUUCUGGAAAUACCAUCCUGGAAGGUUGUAUCAAUGUGACAAAUUUUCCAAUCUACUACUUGCCAAUCCCGUUAUCGCUCGUUCCGUCAGGACGUUAGGCAUAUAUUCAGACACUCACGGACUUGAACUUCUGUGCCGAAGUCCUUCACUCCCCUCCAUAUUAAUCUCGCUUUCGAAUCUUACGCGCAUCGGUAUGGUUAACAGACAUUCCGUGUCUGAUUGGAUGCGCUUUCCCGAAAAUUUACGGUCUGCACUCCUUUCAGUGUUCCAAUCUCCUGCCCUCACAACGUUGCAUCUCGACGGAGUGGAGAACGUACCAGACAGCGAUGCCCAACGUAUACUCGAUAGAGGGUCUUCAAGUUCUUUGAGACAUCUAUCGCUGAAGUGGGUCAAUGUACCGCUCCGUCCGCCUAUGAGGCAGUCUCAGGAGAAGUUACCAGUGCUGGAGUCGCUGACCUUAGCGGGUGACAAGGGAAAUCUCAUUCUCAACCAUCUUAUGUUGCCAAAUACAUUCUUCGACAUGCGUCCUAUCCGAAAGUUAUCGAUACAGGUGUCUGAAGCUUAUCCCAGGCUUCCUGACAUCGAGAACGCUCUUGAUGAACUGAAGGAAUCCCUAGAGCAUCUUAUAUUUGAUGUGAGCACGGUCGAUUAUCGCGGCGAGUAUGUUUUUCUUGUAUCAAACCCUGGACUGAUCUUCAGCUAGGAGCAUCGCAAUUUUGUCUCAGCGAUUAUAGGCGCCUGAAGUACUUUCAUAUGGUCAUCAGUUCCUUCGGCAGGCAGCUUUUCACGCCAGUCCCCUGUGAGAGUCUGCACACUUUCAUUAUAGAGUUGGUAUCCAGCAAACCUGGCAUACAACCUUGGAGGCAGGCCAUUGAUACCUAUUUGUGCACUAGUCAGACUUCUGCACUGCAGCAGGUGAAAGUUAAGCUCC